AUUGCCUUCAAAACAAGCGAUUACAUUUUUCCCCUUGUGUGUUUAAGAAACUAAUUUAAGUAGUGGAAAGUGUAAAACAUAAAUAACUGCAUUACAAUCUACAGAAAACGUGUUGGGGGAGGCUUCAGAAAUUAACCAUGAUCAAUCGCUGCAGCACUUGUACAUAAUUGUGAGUUUAUUUUGGCAAUUACUCCCGGAAAAUGUUUAUUUUAACACUCGCCAAUUUGACGGUUAAUUUUUUUACGAGAGCUGCUGUCCGCUACGUUCAGGAGAGAUAAUACAACUGACUAGCAAAGCUAAGAAAACGGAUACGACUGUCUCAGUGUUUUUCCGCAUAUAAUUAACGAAUUAUCUCUGAUUUAAACGCGACAUUAUGGUCAUUUUGAGACAGAGAACUGUCGGCUUUCAGACACACAGGCGACCGCUGAGCCACUAGCUGGUAAUGUAUUUUUCGCAGCAUGUGUUUGAUUUUUGUGUAUAAACCGCGGAUGUGUCACUACCAUCGCACAGACCCUUUGGUGUUAUUGAAUGUUGUCAACCGCAUGACAGCUGGUUAUUUGAAGCCUUCACCGCCGACGUGAAAUAAUAGCUCGAUUGCUCAGCGAAGUUUGCAGCAAUGGCUUCGGCGCUGAGUUGCUUCAGUGGUCCCGAGGUGCUGGAGGACGUGAAUCACGCCCCGGGUUUGAUGAGGGAAUUGAAAUUACUGUACGACUGUCGGCUCCUCGGGGACGUUACCAUCGGGGUGGAGAGCGAAGAGGAGUCGCUGGAGCCCGGAGGAGAGUCCGCUAGAGGUGACAUUGACCGACUGUUCCUGUGCAGCCGCAACGUCCUCGCCGCCGCCAGCCCUUACUUCAAAAGCAUGUUCACCGGGGGGCUGAAUGAGAGCAUGCAGGAGAGAGUGGUCAUCCGCGGGGUGGACGCUGAGUCCAUGUCGGUCAUCAUCGACUAUUGUUACACAGGCAGGGUGACCAUCACGGAGAGCAAUGUGCAAAGGCUGUACGCGGCUGCCAAUAUGCUGCAGCUGGAGUACAUCAGGAAAGCCUGCUCCAGUUUCAUGACAAGGAGGCUGGAUCUCUCCAACUGUGUGGGUAUUUUGAAAUUUGCUGACACGUAUGACAACCCUGAGCUUAAGGAGAAUGCACAAGCCUUCAUAGCCAGGAACUUCAGCCAGCUGUGUAAUGGAGGGGAGCUUUGUGAGCUGGACUUGAUGCAGUUAAAGGAGUUGCUGUCUCUGGACACUUUGGAUGUGGACUGUGAGAGAAAGGUGUGCUCUGCUGCUUUACAGUGGAUAGAAGCAAAUGCACUGCAGAAAAAGGACUCAGAGGAUGCAUUGCAGGCACUGAAGUGUGUGCGGUGGAACUUGUUUACUGAGAAGGACAAGUGUUACCUGGAGGGUCUCAUGGCCAGGCCUCUAAUUGAGAAAUACCUUGAGUCUUUCUUCAACAGGUCUGCAGAGGACGGCUGUGGCAUGUCCGCAGCUGUGGACGUACCAAAACACAGAAUAGGAGUGAGCGCAAAAGAAAUGAUUCUCUUCUUUGGCCUACCUAAUGACAACAUAAUGUGCUGUGACCCUUAUUCAGAGGAUCUGUAUUUCAUGGCUCCCCCCCUGGAAGAUCUCAGCAGUCAGGACUACAAGCGCUCCACCAUGGAGUCCUUAAUCGCCUGUGCCACCCCUGAAAACAACCUGUACCUAGCCUCCCACCUUUCAAAACAUUUCUGGCUGUAUAAUCCUGUGCUCAACAGCUGGCAGGAGUUGGCAGAGAGGCCGCUGGGGAGGAUACACUCUGGGAUGGGUUACCUCAACGGCCAUGUGUAUCUCCUGGGAGGAAGGAACCCAGUGACGGACACUAGACUAAAGGAGGUCGAGUGUUACAGCGUCCAGAGGAACCAGUGGACAUUUGUGGCUCCUCUGCCUCAUUCUUUAGGUAAAAUGCAGGUGGUGGCGUUGAAUGACCACCUGUAUGUGGUGAACAAAAGAAGAAUGCUUUGCUAUGAUCCUAAGAGGAACCGCUGGCGUCACUGUGGCUCACUGAGACGAGACAAGCUUCACAAGGCCUGCGUGUUUCAGGACCAGAUCAUCUGUGUGUGUGACAUCCCUGUGGUGAAAGCCUACAGUCCCACCAGGGGGGAAUGGAGAAGGUUGGGUGACAUUCCUAUCGAUAGCCGUGCCCUAAAUUACCAGGUGAUUCAACACAACAACAAGUUGCUCCUCCUCACCCAGACUCUACUGCAGCACAACAAGAACAGGGUCCUCAUCCACGAAUACGACCCAGCCAGGGACACCUGGAAGAAUGUCAUGGCAGUGUAUGUGUCCACCCUUGGACCAGUGUGUGUUUCGACACGUGUGUACCCAGCGUGCCUCGGCUCUGCUCACAGCUUCUCUACGGAGGAAGACGAUGACAGUGGGUCCAGUGCAGACUGGGACUUUGAUGGACUGACAGACGCAGACUCUGACUCUGGCAGCUCUAGCUCAUUCUCAGAUGAGAACUGGUAGCGAAAUGUGUCGCUGUGUCAAAGAAAAGUUAAAUUUAUUUAUAAUUUAAUGAUUAUUACAGGGUUCUGUAUGCCAGGAGAGGUCGCAGAUCCAGAUUCAAUUCAGUAUUAAAGCCAGUCAUUUACGGUAGGACCACAAGUUGAUCAGAAGUGGAAAUAUUUUCUUUCAUAUAUCAUCAGUCUGGCUAUGAUCAUUCACACAAAAAUGAUCACAGCUGGUUUCAGUUAUACUUCUCUUUUAUUUUCAAGUCAGCACAAAUGCUGGUAGUGACACAGUGUGUAGACUCUUGUUUGCUCAAUAACUCGCAACAAAUACAUGAUAGAAACACAAAUAGUCCACAGUAGGUUCCCCCAUAGUGUGGAGUAUCAACCUUUCCAGUUAAGCAUAUUAAUGAGGGCAGCUGAAUUUCUUAAGUAAACAUUUUGUUAGAAUUGGAGGAAUUGUGAGAGAUAUUAAAGAAGAAGGGUAAAAAUCAAAGCAGCAGAGGCUGAAAUAUCACCAUAUAGGCUCCAGACGAGGGUAACAAUGCAGAAUACACCUUUACACAGCAGAGAUAUUUUAACCUGUCAAACACAUGUGUUACUAAUAACAUAAUUCAUAGCUGAAUUGCACUGCAGUAAUUGUUUGAACUGAGUCAUGGUUCAUGUUGUUAGCUCCACCUGUGCACUUCCUGCUAUGACAAGUCGAAUGUCUGCUGUCAAAAAAGGCCUAUGAGUAUAAUUCAAGUGUGCUUUGAUGCUACCAAAAUUCACAUUGACAAUAUUUAUUCAGGAAAUUAAACACGUCGGGUACAAGAUGAAUGUACUUUUGACAGGAAGGAAAAGAAAAACUGGUGAUGCUCAUUAGGGAAACACAUCAGUCAAAUGCAAAAUAUGAAGAAUCUUAUGUUGCUCUUGAUUUCACUUUCGGUAUAGCAGGAGCGCUUCGUGGCUUUUGUGUGUAAAAUCUCUUAUAUUUUUUGUAAUGCAGGCUUUCUGUAAAUACUACACUUCAAAACGCAAGCUGCAAUAACCUGGCUGAUGUCUCUUGAGUACAUUUUUAAGACUUGAUGAAGCUCAUUUAAAGCCACAGAAGACCUUAUAUGACUUUUUGUGUUGUGCCCCUUUAAUGCUUUAAGUCUCAACAGCGUUGUCUGAUAUAAAGAGAGGAAUAUGUGCUUAUGUGUCAUUUAGCUUGACUACGUGAGCACACCUGCUUAUGUUCUGUGUAAAACAGUGACUGUGACUUUUUUAGACAUCAGGCAGCUUAAGUGCCUCAUGUUUAUGACUGAAAACACAACCGGUCAUUGACAGGGCUAUCUGAUUCGCUGCCCUUUAUAUGUUGUUGAUGCACAUGAAGACGUCACACAGCUGUGUUGUGAAACUCACUAUGAAAUGUAUAUGCCAAUGUACUGUACACUGACUCAGGUUUAGGCUUCAGCAAAAGCCUGUAUGCCAUGAUUUGACUUUUUUUCUGAGAUGUAGUAAAAAAUUAGGUUGUUUUGGUCAAAGAUGAUGAAUUUUAUGAAAAUUAUUUGAAACAGUUUUAUUGCGUGAAUGUAUGUGCUUUUGUAUCUGUAUUUUUUUUUAAGUUAACAUUUAUGUUACGAUCAAGAUUCACAAAGUGUUUAGAGUAUUGUUUGGUACUGAUGAAUUGUUUUUAGUUCAAGGACAAUUUAUCUGCAUGUGAUACGUGUUGCAAAGCCAUUGGUUUCCACAGCCUCCCCAUACACUCACCUACCAGGUUAUGUUUCUAAUCUGUCUGCCCACAUUGAUAUAAAUGUGGUGAACAAAAUAUUGGAAACACCCAUCAGUACAAAGCAAUACCACAAACUACAGCCUCCAAAAUAACCAUUAAGUUGAAUCAACCAUGAGGGUACGAUUAGUUGUAUUAGAUUCAGCUAGGUGUAACUAAUAAACCGGCAAAUGAGUGUCA